AUGGAAAAUAAUUCAAAAAACAAAUUAAACCAAGAAAAUGUAAUACAGAAUUUUCUUACAAAUUUAUUUUCAUUUAUAUAUGAAAAAUUAUUUGAUAUAAUAAAAAUAAUAUCUAUUUAUUUUAAUAAGUGGUAUAAAAUAAGACAAAAUCCAAAUGACUUUUUUUAUUUUAUAAUCAUACAUAUUGUGAUAAUAUUCUCUAUAUUAUUUUUAUUAUAUCUUCAUAUAUAUAAAAAAAAAAACAAACAAAACAUAUAUUCUGUUAAUCAAAAGGUAAUAAGAAAAAAAACAUCUCAAAAAAAAAAAACAGAAAAUAAUAAAGGAGAAGAUAAACAAUUUGAUGAUAAAUAUUAUAAAGGAAGAAGAAAAAAACAAACCGAUCAACAACAAGAUGAUACAUAUAAUGCUUCUAAAAAUGAAGAAGAUCAAAUGAUAAAUAUAAAUAAGUCUACAGAUAAACAUGUGGAACCGUAUAUUGAUUUAACAUAUGACCACUUUAAUUUGCAAGAAAACCAAAAUUUAAUUAUAAACGAAAAAAGGAAAUCAAAAAAAGAAAAAGAAAAGGAGAACGAAAAGGAGAUGGAAAAAGAGAAAGAAAAGGAAAUGGAAAAGGAGAAAG